AUGGCGGUCCUUGAUCUCGCAAACUGGAUGAAGUACCUGGAUCCCAGCGUACCCGUGAUUGAUUCUUACAUCGCCUGCAGCCACGAUGCGUCGGCCUAUAAAUUCGAAGGAGGCAACAAUGGAAUGCAUGAGUCUACUGGCAGUAUCUGCCAAAUCGCGGAUUACACCGGCCAGCUCCUGGCCGGGUCUCGAUGGUUCGAUAUGCGGAUCACCCGCGAGGGGAGCACCCUGGUGAUGAAGCAUGGUCCCAUCACGUUCCAACCCUUUGAGACGGUUCUUCGUCAAAUAAAAAGCUUUGCUGAUUCCCAUAAAUCCGAAUUUCUUUUCCUUGAUCUCGAUUUUGACUAUGGUGAUCAUAUCGCAGCCGACGUUCUCGCCAUGUUGAUCAAGGUCCUUGGAGACGGUAAAGAAGAUGCAUUCGCAACCGCGCACGUCGGCCCUGACGGCAAAAUGUACAACACGGAUCUCACCUGGGCUAAGCUGCGGCAGGACGGGAAACAAUACAUUAUCAUCUGGGGCGAAGACGAGAAGGUUAACGGUGGGAUGAAACCCCACGACAGCGGCAAGCUGUGGGCCCCACAAGCCAGAAAUAUUCGGGAUAACUGGGAGGAUGACUACCCAAAUAAAUCGCCAGAGGAAAUUGUGGCGUGGCUCGAUGAGGCGCUGGGUCUGUGGAAGAGGGAGAGGCUUUGGAUAACCCAGCUCGUCAAUACACCGAAGCGGUCCUAUCUGCCGGGUCAUCACCCUAGCGACUGUGAUCAGAGAGCAGCGCCGGUCUUCAAUCAAUGGCUCACCAAAUUCAAGAAUGGUGAUCGGUUGGGUAUCGUCAAGCGCGACUUCGUCAAUGAAGGAUGGAAUGAGGCCGGCAUCUCCUACGUUAUCCGUUUGAACAAGUUUGCCCAGAGCCCUGAGAUCCCUCUGGGUCCAACCAUCAACUAUCUGAGCUAUAUUCGGCUCAGGGCGCCAGACGGGCGUUACCUCGCCGUGGACACCAAUCCUCCCGGCAACACAAACCUCAGCCUCGUGACCCUGGUGUACGGGCAAGCGGACAAUACUCGUUUUCUGAUCCGGGAGCGUCGGAAGAAUUCAGCCUGGGAAUGGCCGUUAAGCGGCAAUCCGGACGCCGACUCUUGUGGCGCCAACGGCAAUGUCCGCCUUGCUCAUGUCGACAGCCAGAUCGGCGACGAUACUGUGGUGUCCUGCGCGAAGAAGUCCGGAGGAUUUAUGUACUGGGGUGUAGGCUGGGGUAGGGCAGAUGACUGGGAGACAUUCCUUCCAUACGACCCUGCCAACCAGAAAAGCAGCUUUGCGAUCCACGAAGGCAGUACUAUUGUCCUUCGCACUCUGUGGCACAUGUACUGGAAGGCAGGCCAAGAUGAAAAUGACUAUACGAGACUCUAUGCAAGCGCUGGACCUAUCGAAGACGCCACGCGGUUUGUGGUAGAGAAGGCAUGA